CUUGGCUAUUUUGAUAACGUUGAAUGUCCGUCCCAGCUGCCAGGCUGCACGUGAUAUUGGCCAACGGUGGCAACUGUCUUUCAGUGCUAUAAAAUGCGUGGGCUCCAACGGAUUAGAGCACAGUUCAUCGACAACCGCAGAGCAAACAAGUCUCAGGCGCACCGUCAACCUUUACUUUUGGAUAAACUCAAAUUAAGUGUGAAAUCUCCGUAAUGAAGUUCUUUAUCUGCACUUUGGCCUUGCUGGGCGUGGCUCAGGCGGGUUUGCUGUCGCAUCUGGAGCACGAUCAUCAUCACGAGGAGCUUCCGCACCUUGUGGACUCCGAGGUGCAUCACUCUAACGGCAUUCACUUGGGCCAUAGCUCCGCUAUUGUGAUCGAUGGUGCCGAUCACCACUUGGACGCAGUGCCGCAUCCCGUUUACCAUCAUGACGGCUACUCUGCCCAUUUGGAUCACGAUGUGCACGCUCACGACCAUGUGCAUCACGCUCAUGUACAUGCCCCGGCCAAGAUUGUCAGCCAUGAGCCCAUUCAUGAAGUGGAGCCAGUGCACCAUGUGCACAAGGUGGUGCAUGAUGAGCCACACCACUUCCUGCACUAUAGAAAUCCUGUGGUCGAUCAUCACAUCAUUCACAACACCCACGCACACAUCGAUGAGCAUGCUCAUGCCCACGCUGACUUGCAUCAUUAUGCCCACCACUCGGCUCCAUUGGUGCACCAUCAUCAUUCGGCUCCGCUGGUGCACCACCAUCACACCCAUGCCGCUGUGGUGCACAAGGCCGCCUUCCCAGCCCACUUGGACGUACAUAGCCAUGCCAAUCUACUGUCCUUUGCCAAGCAUCAUUUGCACGGCAAAUACGGCAAAGUGAGAAUCACCGAGACGCAUUACUGAGAGAUUUCCCCUAAAACACCAAUACACUACAUCAGACACACACACACACACGCAUACACUUAUCCAACUGCAUGACGACGCUUUCAUAGCUAAUUUAUUACGCACAACGUUUAGUUUGUAGUGCUCGAAUAAACGGGUUGUUUUUUGAAA